GAGAACUGAGUACAAUACUGGUGGCGACUGGUCUAUUUGCUUUAUUUGAAUUAAUAAACAGCGUGUGAUUGAAUCAAGAGCAAGUGUUGGGAAAUAUACCAUGUCAACAGGAGGAAGUCUGAAUCAUUUCUCAAUGAUUGUAUAGUGAAGCUGACGGGAGUGGAAAAUGUGAAUAUUUCUUGAAGUAGUGAUAAAUAAAUAAAAAAACAUUGUUCAAAGUAAGUAUGGGGAUGGGGAGGCGUAAGUAAGGUAAGUGAAACAUAUUUGUCAUAGUAGAAGUUCAUUUUCCAUAAAAGGUUUCUUUAUCAUUAUUAUAAAAGAGUUUAGGGGUUUAAGAGUUCACCAAGGUUAUAUGCCCUGUCUGGCAAUGUUAACAAAAUAAUUUAGCUUUUUAUCUGAUCUGCUCUCAAAUGCAAUGGGUUAUUGGACCAACUCCAAACCACUCAACACACUUUCAUGACAAUGCAGCUGGUUUUUUGCAUAUUAUGCAGUAAAUUUUUGCAUAUUAAAAACAGCGCAGUCCUGUACUCUCUCUCUAUUUCAGUUCUGUUCCGCUGAACUCAAAAUUGAAAGAAACUCUUUGUUAUGCCCUAAACACAUAUAUUGUAAUUGUAUAAGGCCCUGCGUUUAACCCUUGAUGUGAAGGUUUAUCCUGUAUGGUUUCCAUGGAUAACCUGAAUAACAAUGCCUGGAAGAGGUGACAGACCUCAUGCAGAGAGGCUGUAAUGUGUUUCGGACAAAAACACCCCCCUAAUGGGUCAUUUGUCUUGGUGUGGACACACUGAGCAAGUCGAUACCGAGGCUUUGUGAAAUCCCAGUGAUGAUUAUCGAGGAGAGGUGUAACCGAAUUGCACUCACCCCUUCACUGACCUCACACACUCAAAUGCCAUGACUUUUCAGAACUACAUAAACAGCCAUGCCAUUACAGUACUUUAUUUUUCCAGGUGCAACAUAGCAGCCCCUCACCAACUCUUACUGCACUUUUUCCAGCAUUCACGUCAGGAGCGCAUCACUAGAUCAGUCAUUCAAACACUUCUUCCAACACUUGCCUACCAAAACAGCUUUGGUCAGAGAUCGUUUUUUCCAUACAUAUACAAAAAUCUGAAAUGAGAUCCUCGGCCUAUCACAUCAGAACCCUACCAUCUUUCACACACAAAAAGGUGUACAAACACCUUCUCUUUGACAGCUACACUUGUGGCUACUGGCUUAUUUCCAUCACUGGUCUGAUGCCCUCAGAUCCUAUCUUCCUUGAUUUUCUAUUUAUUGUAGUUGUCAUACUGUUUAUGCCUAUCGUGUUGUCUUUUUUCCUGUUUGACAUCCUCAAACUAUGUCUUGUCCUGUUUGUUUUGUUGAUAUGAUCUGUAACCAUAGACUGUAUAGAAUCAGUCUGUAAUGUGUAUGUAGUGUGAUGUUAUAUUUGUCCUUUAUCCGUGUCCUUUAUUUAUAAAUGCCAAGACCAAAUUUCCCUCAAGGGGUUAAACGAGUAUACUAUACUUAAAUAAAUAUUUGUAUUUUUUUAAUUCUUGGUACUAAGAUAAAAAUUAUACCAUGUGUUCCUCUGCAGAUGGACCAGAGGACAUGAGGCUGGCAGUGAGGGGCUCCUUGCUGGUUGGCUCCAUCCUGACCCUGUUCUGCCAAGUCAGCUCCCAGCCACCAGCCCUCCUGGAGUGGCUGGUGGAUGGGGAGUCACUGAACGCGACAGGCCAGGAGACGCUGGAGCUGGGCAGGGUUGAGGAGAGACACAGCAGGCUCUACUCCUGCAGGGCCUUUAACAACAUGACCCUGAGGUGGACAAGUAUCACCAAACACCUCGUCAUCAGCAGUGGAUCCUCAAUGAUGCUACACAGUCCUACACAGUCCAUAUAGUCCAAAUUUAGAAGCUGUUUUUUUUUCAUCUCCAUUUUGUUUUUACUGUACCUGCAAUGCCAGCUCCUCCUCUGUCGAAAGCUCAGCCGUUGAAGAUCUUAACCCGGUCUUGGUUAUUUGUUUUGGCUAUGGUCCUAUGUGUCCUGCUGAAUAUUCACAGUGGCACAGGUAACGUGAGCUUUGAUAUUGACAUUUAUAAGCCAACCUGAUUUUCAAAUGCAUGUCUAAAUCAACAUUUUGAGGCGGAUGUGGUUUUCAACCGGUUUUGCUACUUCACUGACAAUUGUGCAAGUUAAGAAAAAAAUACUGUUGCUAUCAGAAUUUAAAUAUUGGCUUUUGACUAAAUCAUCUAUGGACUUUCUAGGUCAUUCUUUCUGUGCUUGUCCCACCCUAGAGUGAUGUCUCAAAACAGAUUUCAAGAUUAUGAGGCCAAAUUUCUAAAUUCCUUGAAAACAAUGGAGCAAUCGCUGAUUAUUUCACCUGUCAUCCAUACACAGAUUAUAUUCCAUGUUUGGUCCAAAACCAUGUGUGUAAACUAUAUAAAAUAUGACAUAGUACACUUUGGUGAACACUGUAAUAUAAUCAUAUACUUUCAAUUUGAUGUAGUGUAACUUCUUUUAGCAAUUUUAUUUCCAGUUACUUUUUGUCUCACUCACUUGGUGAGUUGUCUCAGAGUAUUUCAUGAAUUCUAAAUCAUUUAUGGAGUGCUUUUUGAUUGAUUGCAUCAAAGUAGCUAAGACGAACACUACUGUGAUGUACUAAUUCCAAAAGUUCAAAACAAAUGAAGAGCAAAUUAGAUCAUAAACAAAACAAAAUCUAUCAAAGUCUUAUGAUUCGAUGUUGUCCUUGCACUGUCUGAAUGAGUUUAUAAAUGUGUGAUGUGCUGAGUCAUUUCAGCAAUGAAGGAGUUUUUCCAGGGAGACGUUAUAAAUUCUUAAUAUAUGACAGCAAGCCCUCCAGGAAGGCAGCAGAACAAUUCCUGCCAUAGUUGUGAACACAGACACUGCCUGCAUCCACAUGUUGCAACUAACAACAGUGACUGGCAGUACACAGCCAGUGUCAUUUUCCAGCUUCCUUGUUGUAUGUUCAUCAUGUCUCAGCUGAGUGGUCUCAAUCGAUCAGCAAAGGUUGAUUAUUCUAGGACAGUUUUAUUGCCUAGUCAGGCUUUCAUAUUCAGAGUUAUUGAUAUUAAUAUGAAUCACAAUACCUGCAAAUUAAUUAAGUUUUGUUUGUUUGUUUGUUUCAGAGAUGUGGGAUGUAUAGGGUGAAAUUUGUGAGGUUCUUUUUGCUAGAUAUAAGAUAAGAGCCUACAAGAUAAGGUUUAACUUCAGUACCUUGUUUAUAACUUUGUAAUAUCUCUUUCUUUCUUUAACAGUACACAAUCAAACUGUUUUACACAAUCUUUAUUUAUACAAGUAUUUUAAGAGUUUGUUGA